AUGUGGGACUAUUGUGAAAAAAAAGGGGAGAGCGGCAGGAGAAAUGGAGAGACAGGCUUGGAUGUUGUGUGUGGGAAGGGAGGGGUAGAGGGAAGAGACAAGCGGAAAGGAAAAGAGGUGGUUCCGGAAGCAGGAGUGGGGGAAAGGAGAGAAGGGAUGUGUUGGCAUCAGUGGCAGCGGCACAGCAUGCAGAGCAGAUACAGUAGAUACAGCAGGAGCAGCAGCAGCAGCAGCAGGAGCAGCAGUAGCAGGAGAAGCACACACAUUGGGGAUGUGGUGGGGAGAAUGAGUGGGAGGAAAGUGAAGGGGCUUUGCUUUAUAUGGCGGAGGGCCAUGGGUGAAGAGCUGGCGAGUGAGAGAGAGGCGGUGUGUGGUCUUUUGGAAGGGGCUGUGCAGGGAUGGAGAGGAGGAGAGAGAGGAGAGGGAUUGGGUGAGGGGGAGGAGGGAGAUGAGGAGGAGGGUGUGGGGAGGGGGAGUGGAGGGUGUGUGUGGUGUGGGAGGGAGGGGUGUGAUGGGCUGAUAGGUGCUGUUGGUGAGUUGAGGAGAGUGCUAGAGAGAGUGGGGAAGGGGAAGGAAGAGAGAGUUAAGAGGUGGGGAUUGGGGGAUGAGGGAGGGGCGCGGAGGGGAGGGAGGCUGUUGGUAGGAGAGGAGGAUGAAGAGGAUGGGAAGGACAAGGAGGAAGAGGAAGGGGAGGAGGCAGGGCGAGAGCGUGGAAAGGAGAGAGGGAGGAGAGUUAGGGAGGAGGAGAUGGGUGGUGGAGGAGGUGAGAGAGGGCUUGUUGUCGCCAGGAAGAGGGGGGUUUGGAACGGGAGGAAUGGUUUGGUUAAGUGCGGGGAAGGCGGGGAGGAGUAUCGGGAAGUGCAGCAAUGGGAUGGGAAAGGAGGCGAGGGGAAGGGUGUUAAUGGAAGAAAUGGAGGUACUGCUGCUGCUAGGGGUGAUGAAAGGGGUUAUGGAGGGGAAAAGGGUCAUGGUGGUGGUGAUGGUGGUGGUGAUGGUGGUGGUGAUGGUGGUGGUGAUGGUGGUGGUGAUGGUGGUGGUGAUGGUGGUGGUGAUGGUGGUGGUCAUGGUGGUGGUGAUGGUGGUGGUCAUGGUGGUGGUGAUGGUGGUGGUGAUGGUGGUGGUCAUGGUGGUGGUGAUGGUGGUGGUCAUGGUGGUGGUGAUGGUGGUGGUCAUGGUGGUGGUGAUGGUGGUGGUGAUGGUGGUGGUGAUGGUGGUGGUGAUGGUGGUGGUGAUGGUGGUGGUGAUGGUGGUGGUGAUGGUGGUGGUGAUGGUGGUGGUGAUGGUGGUGGUGAUGGUGGUGGUGAUGGUGGUGGUGAUGGUGGUGGUGAUGGUGGUGGUGAUGGUGGUGGUGAUGGUGGUGGUGAUGGUGGUGGUGAUGGUGGUGGUGAUGGUGGUGGUGGUGGUGAUGGUGGUGGUGAUGGUGGUGGUGAUGGUGAUGGUGAUGGGAGUGAUGGGGAUGGGGAUGAUGAUGAUGGGGGGGAUGGGUUCAUUCCCUUGAGUGGGGCAAGGCCUCAGAAGGGGAAGACUGAGGACGAGGGGAGUGUGGGCGCGAGCGGCGCUCAACUGAGAGGGAAAGCUGGAGAGGGAGUGAAAGGUAACGAGGGAUUGAAAGUGAAAGAGGGGUUGAAGGAGAGGGAGGUGCCGAAGGAGAGAGAGGGGUUGAUAGUGGGAGAGGGACGAGGGGUAGGAGGAGCUAAGGGCCCUGAGACUCCUGCAAAGCAGCGGGAAGGGGGGAAUGUUGUGAAGGGGAGAGUGAACGAGGGAGAGAGAGUGAGUGGUUUGCAGGUGAGAGUUAAGGAGGAACCACUAGAUGAUGUGGUGAUGGGGGGGAGAGAGAGGGAUGUGGGGGGGUUGGGGCAGGUGGGGAGGAUGGGGAAGGAGGGGAAGGUGGCGGAAGGAGGAACAGAAGAGAUUGCAGCAGCAAUUGCUGAGGAGAGAGAGGAGGGGGAGGUGCGGGAGGGGGAUAUGGAGGAGGGAGAGGAGGAAGGGGAGGGGGAGGGAGAGGAGAAGAACGAGAGAGGAGAGGGUGAGAAGGAGAAUAAGAGGCAGAGAAGGAAGUGUGGGGCGAGAUUGGGGAAGGAUAAUGAGGUGGAGGAAGCUGAUAGUGAUAGUCAUGAUAGCGAUGCCAGUGAUGAUGGUAGUGAUGAUGGCAGUGAUAGCGAAUACAAGGUUGAUGGGGAGGAUGAGCACGAGUCUGAGAGUGACAGUGAUGGUGAUGGGGAUGGGGAUGGUGAUGUGGUAGAGGUGAAGAAGGAGAGGAUGGAGAGUGGGGAGGGAAGUGGUGCAGUGGGAGGUGGUGCGGUGGGAGGUGGUGCGGUGGGAGGCGGUGGGGUGCGAAAUGGUGGGGUGAGAUUCGGUGGAGUGGGAACAGAAGAGAGAGCAGGAGCAGGAUUUGGAGUUGGAGGGGGAGGGGAAGGGGGAGGAGCAGUAGGAGGGGUAUGGGGAGAGGGAGGAGGAGGGUUAGCCCAAGGAGUGGGGGGAGGGGGAUGGGGAGUGGGAAGAGAAGAAGGGGACGGGAGAGGGAUAAGGGGAGCGGGAAGCGGGGACGUGGACGGGAGAGGGAGGGGGGCAGCUGAGUUUGGGAAGAACGGCUUUGAUUCUGGGAUUGCUGAUCGGAGCGAGCAAAGGGGUGGGUUUGGUUUUGAGAAUGAGCAAAGGGGCGGGUUUGGUGGUGAGAGUGAUCAAAGGGAUCAAAAGAGUAAGUUCGAUGAGAGCACUGGUGAGUCAGUGGCGGAAUGGUUGAUAGGCACGAUGGGGAUGCAAGAGAGGAAAGCGAGGAAGAUUGUAGAGAGGACAAGGAAGGACGCGAGGAAUGGGGGGUGGGAGCUGGAGAGGUGGGUGGCAGAGGCUGUUGACUUCGCUGCUGCUGCUGAGGUGCACGAGAGAAUGGUGGAGGAACAGGAGAAAGAGGAGGAGGAGGGAGGGGGAGAGGAGGAAGAGGAGGAGGAUGAGAAGGAGGAGGGAGUUGAUGGUGAGGAUGAAGCAGGGAAGUAUGGAGAAGGAUGGGGUCGUGCUGGCGCUGGUAGCAGUAUUGGCGGUGGCGGUAUUGGGGUUGGUGGUUUUGGAGGUGAUGGUGAGGAUGAAGCAGGGAAGUACGGGGAAGGAUGGGGUCGUGCUGCUGGUGGUAUUGGUGUUGGCAGUGGUGGUUUCGGGGGUGGUAAAUUUGGCGGUGGUGGCUUUGGAGGUGACAGAGGUGCUUAUUCUGGUGCUGCUGCUCGCGGGAGCGGUCGUGCUCGUGGUGGUGGUGGUGCUGCUGCUGCUCGUGGGGUUGCUGCUGCUGCUGCUGGUGGAGAAGGGAGGGCAGGUGGAAGGGGCAUGGGAGGCUGGUUGAAUGAAGAUGAGGAUGGGGCAUCCAGCUUUGGUUUGAGGCGUAUGGGAGGGGCAUGGGAGGGCAUGGGAGGCUGGUUGCAUGAAGAUGAGGAUGGGGCAUCCAGCUUUGGUGGUUCCAGUCUCACCCGUCCCCCCACCACCUCUGCUGUCUCCCGCGCCCCGCCGCACUCCCCAGCACCCAGAGCAGCAGCAGUUUACACUCUAGUGGUCGUUCGGGUCUCACCCGUCCCCCCACCACCUCUGCUGUCUCCCGCGCCCCGCCGCACUCCCCAGCACCCAGAGCUGGCGCGUUUAUACCCAGCGGUCGGGCAGGGCCCAGCAGGGUUGGAUGCGGUGAUGAACGGUGGGGGAACAACACCGCCAGAGGCAGUGGUGAGGGGUGGGGAAGCGGGGUUGGAUGCGGUGGUGAGCGGUGGAGGAACAAUGCAGCGAAAGGAGGUGGUGAGGGGUGGGGAAGCGGGGUUGGAUGCGGUGGUGAGCGGUGGGGGAACAAUGCAGCCAGAGGUGGUGGUAUGGGGGCGGUGGGGGCAGGGGGGUUUGGAGGGAAACUGGUUGGAUGAGGAGGAGGAAGAGAUGGAAGAGGAGGAAGAAGAGGCGGAGGGAGGAGGGGAGUGGAAUGGUGGUAACGGUGGUUUUGGUGGUGGUGCUGCUGUUGGUGCGGGUAAUGGCAAUUUGUGGGACGAGGAGCAGGAGGAGGAGUGGGAGUGGGAGGAGGAGGGUGAGCGGGACUAUGGGGUUGGUGCUGUGGGUGCUGCAGGUGCUACAUUUGGUGGUGGUGGUGGUGGUGUGAGUGGAACAGCAGCGGGUCAGAAGCGCAGGGCGAGUGGUGCAAGGGGCAAUGCUGCCAAGGCAAGUAAACGAAACGCUCUGCCUGCUCCCUCCUUCGAGCACUCCUAUCGCAGCACUCGGGUCAUCAACCUCACUCAACCCGACACACCUGGAACCCCCGAUUACUGCAAUCCCUCCAACUUCCCGCUCAUGUGCGGGUUUGGUGGGAUUCCCGGAUUCGAGCCGUACAGGCGAAACGCUGCUGAUGUAACCGACCCCAAGGGCGUGUUCAUAUACGUGGAGAACAUCAAGAGUGCUGAGUGGGGUCGGAUGUCGGGGAUGCUGUACUCGCUCCCGGUGGAGUUUGUGGAUAGUGCCCUCCUGGGGGUGUGCCGCAGGCAGAGAGGGUACCUCCACAAUCUGCCCGUAAACGACCGGUGGCUGCCCGAUUGGGUUCUAAACCGCCCAAAAACAAUCUUCGAGGCGUUUCCCCACACAAGACCGCCGGUAUGGCCUUUGUGGGACAAAAGGACGAAGCUCAACGUGAUCAACACUCAGGCGUUUGGAGUGGCGUCGAAGCUCCAUCAAUGGAACGUGGAGCUGCAGAUUCACGGAGCAGAGGGGCUCUCCCCGAAGAGGCAACAGGAGCUGCUGACAUACGUCAGGAAGUUCAACUUGCUGUGGAUUGAGAGGGACCGGCUCGCGCCACUGGAGGUGGAUCAGCUAGAGGACUUGAUGGGGUACCCUGAAGGGCACGUCUCUACGGUUACCGCCAACAAAACCAGCCGUUACAAGAUGCUCGGCAACACCUUCCAUGUGCCCACAGUCGCGCUGCACCUCUCAGUGCUGCGCCGCCUCAACCGCCCCAUCCGAGUGCUCUCGCUCUUCUCAGGCAUCGGCGGCGCGCUAGUGGCGCUGCACAUGGCGCAAGUCCCCGUCAUCCGUGCCGUGAGCAUCGAGGCUGAUAGCACCUGCCGGGAAGCAGAGGCGCGGUGGUGGAAAAACGCUGCAGAGGCGCCGGUCAGGGGCGGGGGCAGGCUGGUAGGGAAGCUAUCCCAAGUGUACCAUUAUGUUACGAAGCUGAACAUGAAGAAUGUGGAGGGAUUGGUGGAUAAAUACGGACCGUUCGAUCUGAUAAUCGGCGGCAGCCCCUGCAACAACUUCACGGGGAACAACCGACAGCCUGCGGACAGCCCGGCGGGGCGGGCCGGGCUUCAUGGGAGGGACUCGUCGCUGUUUUUCAUAAUGCAGAACGUGAUUCACACUGUUGCGAUGAUUCAGGAGAGGCGUGGCUUCAGGGUCCGUCUUUCACUGUAG